AAGAAAACAAACCUAAAUAAAAAUCCAAUGUAGUGUAAAACAAGUAUUGCCUUAGAAUUUCGUUAAAGUGCCAAUUAACAACAUCUCUCAAACAAGUGCUAAGCAUAUUGCAAAAGGAAUAUCUAACAAACGCAAGCAAGACACUUUUGACAGACAAAUACUUUGCUCACAAUGGCUGAUGAUCCGGCAAAUCAAAAACAAUUUGCCGAGGAUGUUGCAGCACUUGCUGCUGCCGGUUCAGGUGACCACCUUGGCGAUAUCGGUGGUGAUUAUAAAAUGCCCAGUGUUGAUGAGGUUUGGAAGUUGAUCGAACAAAUGGAGGGUAUUAGCGAUGAGGAAAAGGCGAAUUUGAAGGAGAAUCUUUAUAAUCCACAAGAGGGCACAGCUGAAGAUUUUAUGCGGCGCUAUGCACAACCUGGCCCCGUGCACUCUUCCUGGGACUAUACGAUUUUCUUUGCAAUGAUUGCGGUUAUCGUGCUCGUAUUUGCGCUCUUCGGCUACAAAUUGUACAAGUCGUUAAUGGAGAAGGAACUGAAGAGGCAGGAGAAACAAAAAACUAAACAAGCCAAAAAAUCAAAAAAGACAAAUUAAAGUAGACGAUUUUAGAUAAUACAUAUAUACAAUAUAUAUACAAAUGAAAUUGCGAAUUAAACAUUUGAAACUGGAAUAUGCCAAUUUUUCUUCAUAACGCUGUUAACUACGCUGCAGUUUGAUGACAUGUAAAUGCAGUCAAAUUUAUGUGAUUGCGUGCAAUUAAGUAAAUUCUGAUACAGUAAUUUGUAGUGUGUUUUAAAAACUUAUAUGUAAAUGCAAUAUCUAUACAAAUUGGCUAUGCAACAAAAAGACAUACAUACUUACGUAACUAAACUUAUACAUAUGUUUAUAAUUGUAGUUUCUUGUAGUGGUUUUUAGCGCGAAAAAUAUACAUUCGUACAUGCACAAAUAUUUAAUCAAAUAAUGAAAAAACGCACAUGUACAGCGUUGGUUUAUUGUAAGAACAAGCAUGCAUGCAUACGGCCGCGUGUGAAAUAUGGAUCGCCGAUGUUUGUGAACUGCGCUGUACUUCAUUUCGUUUCCUUUUUGAGCGCCAAUUGUAAACAAUAAUAAUGUGCACAGAACUUGUAAUUUAUAGUAUAUGCAAUGCAAUUAGUUACUUAACAAGUUUUAAAACCCAAAACAAUAAAUACGCAUUACAAUGUAUUACGUAAGCAGUA